AUGAUUGCUGUCAGAGAUGCUUUGAAUCAGGCAAUAGACGAAGAGAUGCAACGAGAGGAAUGCGUAUUUGUGAUUGGAGAAGAGGUUGGUGCAUCUGGAGGAUGCCACGGGGUUACUGAGGGUCUUUACUGCAAGUAUGGCCGCUGGAGGGUUCUUGACACUCCAAUCAGUGAAAUGGGAUUCACAGGAUUGGCAGUGGGUGCUUCGUACCUUGGAUUAAGGCCGAUAGUCGAAUUCAUGACAUGGAACUUUGCUCUGCAAUCAAUCGAUCAUAUAAUCAAUUCUUGUGCAAAGACAUUGUACAUGUCUGGAGGAAUGAUUAGCUGUCCAAUUGUGUUUAGGGGGCCAAACGGUUUCAAUCCAGGAUAUGGAGCGCAGCAUACACAAGACUUCUGCGGGUAUUACGGUGCAGUUCCAGGAUUGAAGGUAGUUGCGCCAUACACAGCCAAAGAUCAUAAGGGCCUAAUGAAAGCAGCAAUCAGAGACAACAAUCCGGUUGUGUUCCUUGAGAAUGAAACCUUGUAUGACGAUGUAUAUGAAGAUGUUGCAGAUGGAUAUGUGCAAGCGCUGGACAGGGCUGUUGUUGAAGUUACUGGAACGGAUAUCACCCUGAUUGGAGUCUCUAUUUCUGUAAAAGUUUGUCUAGAGGCUGAAAAGCUGUUGAGAGCAAAGGGAAUUUCAGGAGAGGUGAUCAAUCUUGUAUCUGUAAGGCCCAUAGACAAGCAGGCGAUUGUUGCAUCGGCAAUGAAAACACGCAAUGUGUUUGUUGUUGAUUAUGCAUGGCCUUCGUUCAGCAUAGCAUCUGAAGUAUCUGCAAUUAUCCAUGAGAGCUGCUUUCAUUCUCUACACACACCUGUACAAAGAAUAAGCGGUAAGGAUAUUCCAACGCCAUAUUCCGAGAAUCUCGAGAAGAUGUCUUUUCCAACGCAUCUUGAUGUUGUGGAGGCAGUUAUGCGCACAUACAAGAAGCAAUAA